AUGGCUCUUCUCUCGUCCUUCCCUCAGCCCUCUGCCCUCACACCGCGGGCGCGCAUAGACCUGGCGCCCACUCUAGGAAUUAAUCGAUUCGCACCUGUUCCAGACCUAGACCUGGCCCUUGGUGUCAAGUAUCGCUGGGAUCGCUGGCGUUACCGACGACCUCUGGGCAUCGACUCGCCGGACAUGCUCUCCGAGCUAGACGUGGUUGACUUUCCGGAGCUUGGAAUCUCGGAUCAAAACGAUCGCAAGAAGCUCUUCUACCUGAUCCAGAGAGUAAAGCUGGCGCUUGCGCGGGGCCGGGCCGCGGAAGACAAAACCGCGCCUCAGGCAGAUUCCGUGGUUUCUUUAGCCCCCAACGCGGCAGCAGCACAUGCAACAGCAGCAGCCAGCCAGCGGGACGCAGGCGCGAAGGAGUCGCGGGCAGCAGACAAGACCCCUUCCUCUGUUUCUCAAACCUCUGUGCGGUUUCGGCGAGAGCUAGAGGUGCCUGCGGCCAGGGGUGCGGCGGCGGCGUCGCCACGCGCUGCUGUCAUCAAGAGCACGCCUUCCGCGGUAGCUCACCUUACCCCCGCCAAGGCCCAGCGCCUGCCGCCGUCGCACAGGCGGCCGAAGACACCGCACGCCGACGGGGCCGUCAGGGGGAGGAAUCAGCAGACGUCUGCUGCCGUCAGGUCGCCUUCCCCCGCAGCCAACAGAGGCAGGCUACAGCGGCAGCAGCAGCAGCAGCAGCCGGUAGCUAGGCUCGCGGUAGCUAGGCCCGCGGCCCCUGAGACGGGCGUCGCAGUCUUGGCCGUGGAACGCCACGACGCGGCGUUGCGGCACGAACAACGGGGGGUUGGCAGCAGCAGCGACGGGGAGGGGGCACGCGGACGGCCUACCGCCCACGAGAGGAGACCGUCGCGCCCGAAGAAGAUGAGCAAGCCGGCGGCGGAGCACCGCCGGAGCGCGUUGGAGCCGGUGCAGCUGGACGAGGCGGGAGGGCGAGCCAGCAUCUCCUCUUCCGACGCAACAGCCGAGCAUCUGCUGGCGCCUCCGCCAGGCCAUUCGCUUCGCCGCCCGGCCCCGGGGGAGUGCACGGCGGAGGGGGCGUCCCCAAGGGGGGUCUCUAGAUCGCAGGCUGGGGGGGGGUGGACGGAGCGGUCGAAGUCGUUCGGCAGUCACGCCGUUGCGCAGGAGGAGUCUCUUGCCAGACGACGAUCUCUGGAGGGGCAUCCGCCGCCGUCUAACACCGGCGGUGCCCCUCCCGCUACCGCUGCGUUGGUCCCGACAGUGGAGGUCGCGCGUCUUUACCCGGGGAGACGAGACGCAGCUGAUGCCGGCAGUGGCACCCGAAGGAUCAGGGCGGAGACCUUGGAAGCGUGGAACGAAGACGAUGAUCCCGUCGGAUCAUUCUCGGCUUCCGCCCGGAGGGUCGAGAUCGAUUGCGGCGAAAACCAAGUGUCGGCGGCGGAGGGCGGCCGGCGGGAGAGCGCGGCGGAGCUAGCCAUGCACCUCAUCUCGGCGCACAGGGAGGACGUCCGGAGCGCGCUCGCGGCCGCCCGCAAGGACAUGGACCUGGUGUCCAAGGCGGACCAGGACCGGCGACCGGCGGCCCUCAUGGAGUACGCGAGGGAUGUAGAAGGGGUGCUGGGGGAGCGCCUAGCGGCAGGCGCCAGGCUGAGGAAGGCGCUGGACAGCUACAUCGCUCUGAGGAAGUCGACGAUGGGAGGUGUUGCCACGGGUGCAACACCCGCGGGGGUCCACGAGUUACAGGCAGGGCGGCCGCGGGUGGGCCGGCGAGCGGUGCACGCGUGAUGAUUCUGGGGGCUGGGUUACCGCUCCUUCGGGGUGAACGGGGUGGAGCGUUACGUUAUACGUUGCGGCAUGUCUCGAGCAGGAGGAUCGUGGACGUUCUUCUGCUGGGGCUGUCAUCGAAGAAAAUUGCUUCCCCCCUGCAGUACUGCUGUGUCGAUUUUUAUCUCUUUUACUUUUUGGUAACGUCGUGUGAGGACGAUGCUUUUGUUGUAGCUGAGUUUGGUGAUGUAGGUGUGGGAGGAGAUGCCGCGAAGGGCAGAAAUGUCAGCACAUCGCUGCAAGACAACUAACUCUUGUACGGCAGUCCUCCUCCCCGCCAAGAGUCUCUCGCAGGCGGCAUCUUUAGCACAUCAGUGAAGAGGUUGUUGCUGCCUGUGUGCGUACUUUGCUAAAAACUGUAUCCGGCGGUGGUGUUCGUCGACGAACGGCUUUGCUUCCGGCGUCCCUACAAUUUAUGCGUUUUUGGUGCAACCUUGAUGGGACUUGUUUUUGCACAGAAAGACUUGUGUCGAGGUGUAGGACUGGCUGGCUCUCGAAGAGUUAUGUUCUACCUUCCCACGAGUACGCGAUGCAUGCUGCGGCACAACCUCCUCGUGUGACCGUUUAUGCGU